AUGCCAGCACCAGAGAGUACUCAAUUGGAGGAUCUGAAAAAGCGCAGCGGGCGUGAAGCAGCUUCAAAGGAUUCAAGUGGAAAGAAGCAGCGGUGCCCGGCAUUGGAAAAACGCCGGACGGAUGCCUCAAGGGACCAAGCUGGCUUGGAAGAUUCUGGGCGAGAAAGGCUAAGAAGGCACAGGUUCGAGAUGGCCAGGAGUAUUUGUAUGCCAGAUACUUGGGAGCAGGAGGGACUACUGAAGGAUUGGACAGAUUCCUCAGCCUUCAGUACCUCCUUCGUCUCCAAGGGAAUAGCAUCAGCCCGUGAGGCGUUGGUUGAGGAAUUCCGGCGGGCAAAUUCUGGCGGGUUAAAAGUAUAG